UUAUAAAGUUUAGUAGAGUGAGAGAAGCGACAAAAACGCCUAAUCCCUAAAAAUUGUUUGGAGAACUCACUACACAAAACCAACAAUGGCGUCACCGGCAGCAACCAUGGGUAUCGCCAUGACCGUAACUUCACACUUCUCAACCUCUUCUCGUCUUCUCGCUUUCCAACCAAACCUUAUACCACACAAACGCCAAACCAAAACCUUUUCAAUUUCAACCAAUCGUAAAACCACCGUAACCGCCUGCACCGUGACUACCGCACCACCGGCACCGCAAUCUCCUGUCGACGACGACACCGUUAAUCUCUCUGGUUCUACUCGAACUGUGACCACUCUAUUCGGAAUUGCGGUUUUGUGUAUCAAAGCUUUUGUUAACAUUCUUCCACCGCCGGAACUAUGUUUAUCGAUUGGAACUUCGUCGUCGUCGCUGUUCUUUGCUGCUUUUGUGAAUAAGAGUACUCGGGGUUCGCUGAGCACGCCGUUGACGGUUGUAGCGGCGGGAUUGAAGAAAUGGUUAGAUAUUUACAGUGGUGUUUUGUUGGUUAGGGUUUUGUUGAGUUGGUUCCCAAAUAUUCCGUGGGAAAGACAGCCACUUUCUGCAAUUAGGGAUCUUUGUGAUCCUUAUCUUAGUUUGUUCAGGAACGUUAUUCCCCCUGUUUUUGAUACUCUUGAUAUUAGUCCUCUUCUUGCUUUUGCUGUUUUGGGAACUCUCGCUAGUCUCCUCACUGUUCCUGUUUAGAACUACCCUCACAGGUGUGGGCUACUCGAGAAUGUUUUCAUGACCGGCAAAGCAUCGCCUUCCAUAGUUUUGGCAGAAUUUUGAAAAACAGGUUCUUGAGAAGCAUAGGAUUAAGUUUGGUUUCUCUAUACAAUGUAAUUUUUCAGAUUGAUAUAUUUUGGUAGUUAUGCAUGUGGUUAUGAAAGUCGAUGGAUUUUCAUUUUCGAAUAAUGUAUGUUGUGUGUUAUUAUUGGGUUGGAUAGUUUAGUUGUGUAUCUUAAUUGAAAUUCAUUGACUAUGAGCUCUGCCCAGAGUUUGCAAGCUAGUAAUCUUGCUCUGGCAUAAAUAUAAAAUACAUGUUCGAUAUUGGUUAUGAAAA